AUGCCUGCUGGUACAAGAAGCGAUGCCUUCCCCGCUCAGAGAGGCCAGAAGCGAACCCGAAGCCGCCAGACUACAGUAGAGCCUGGAAGAUCGCGCUCAAACACUGCAGCUUCGAAGCUCGGCCGGCCUCCUAGAUCCCGUGGUUCAACUGCCAGCAUUCAAUCGUGCAGCACGCAGUACCUACCAGAGCAACAACAAGUCCCCGACGGGUAUGAGCCAUACCUGCGCUCACAAUUUGCACCCUCACAACCAGCAUACCAUGGCAAUCCCGAAGAAAUGAUAAUGCGAUUCGGAGACCAGCUGGCCAAUUCCACCAAUGCCGCUGUCCUUGACCCCGCUCUUCAGGAAAAUCACAACUCGGUUAAACCGCGUAUGGAUAUACACUAUCAACACCACGACAUCCAUGGGCACAAUAUUUCUGCGCAUGGUAUUCCUGCAGAACUAGCGCAGCACGGGAUAGCAGGAGAUAUCCAUUCGACACACUAUCCUGGGUUAUUUGAAGGGGUGGAGAAUCAAAUUCCUGAACAUAUCCUGGAUGGCAACGACGGAUCUGAACAGGGGCCGCGCAAAAAGAGGGGUACCAGUUCUUCAAUUGCCAAUGAUAAUGAGCUCCGGAGGCUUCUACGGCAAUACGAUGGCUAUACUCUGCAACAGAUGGCGGCUGAGGUCCAAAAACAUGAGGGUGCCGGUGGAAAAUCCGAAAAGGUUAAGCAGGUGUUUGCUAUGGUUUGGCUGCGAGAAAACUGCCAAAAGAGCAAUGGCUCUGUUCGUCGAGAUCGUGUAUAUUGCUGCUAUGCUGAAAAGUGUGGAACCGAACGCGUUUCUGUACUUAACCCUGCAUCUUUUGGAAAGCUUGUCCGAAUCAUAUUUCCGAACGUGCAAACUCGACGGCUUGGGGUAAGAGGUGAAUCAAAGUACCAUUAUGUGGAUUUAUCCAUCAUAGAGUCUGAGCCAACACUUGUUUCGGAUAAUAACGCAAUUGUGGAUCGAAGCACGGCAACCACUGGUGAAAAUGUCCAGGAGAGCCAUACCAAAGAGAAAAGCCCGAACUCUUCUCAUGACUCUCUGGAUAUGAAAAAAUUACGACUUUCAGAUGCAUCUAGCCUAGCACAGCAUACCCUCAGGUCACAUAAAAAUUGUGGAUGCCACCCGUAUACACCAAAGCUAGGCUCCGUUUCAGAUCUUGACUUCUCAACAAUGACUGCCCAAGAGAGGCUCCAUCUCAUCCUUCAUUUUGGAGGCACAGAUGACUCUCCCACCGCUAGCAAUGAUACACUUCGCUUACCAAGCAUCCAAGGCUAUUUACCCCCUAACUCCGAUUGCGACGUUGCCGAUGCUCUAAUGGCCCUGUAUCGAUCACACUGCAUCUCGGUCAUCGAUAGUUUCAGGUUUUGCAAAGAAAAAAAUCUUUUUCGUCACUUUUCAGCAUUUCAAGGCACUCUCACGGUCCCAGUCCAUAAACUUCUUGUCAACCCCAGCAUUGCGCCCUGGAUACAGGAGUGUGACUGGCUCAUGUAUCAGAAGAUGGUAGCAUUUAUUGCUCCAUUGACGACACAAGUUAUUCCAGAGCCGGUGGUGAAAGCUUUUGCGUCUAUUUCCCGUCGCCUAGUCUCUCAUGUUGAGGAGACGUUCAAAUCUCAGCCCGAUCAUGUAUCGUCAGCUCGAAUUGUCCCAGCUCGCCUUUUUUGUCACCUACUUAAAAGAAUGUUGGAUGUCAAUCGGUCCGCGAAUUCCGCUGCUGCUUGGCUAUGCCACAUCGAAAACAGAGCGAAGAUGUGGGAAGAGUUUCAUUCGUUCCUUAAUGUCACAGAUAUGGUCUGUCAAGCGAGGAUUCCGCGCUGUUCUUUUCAAGGAAUUAUUGAUAUAUUCAAAGACCAUGUCAAGCCGUUACUGAGUCCCCUUGAAGACCAGCAGACUCCUCCAGACUUGUAUGUCUACGAUCAGAGCCUUGGGUUCCAGAAGUUUACUUCAUCAGCUGCCGAUGGUCGUGAAUAUACAUGCUUUCCUGAUCGGUGGGUCGCUUUCAUUCUGCACCUUCCUGAGGCCUUCCCUGGUCACGCUCCUCAGUGCAUCAUCGAUAAGGCGGACGCUUUAUGGACAGCAGUCCUCCAUCGGCUCACACUAGAGAAUGCUGAGAGCUUUAGUGCUUGGUGGAUGACCAAAGUGUUUUUCAUGGAGAUGGUACGGUGGCAAGCUGAAAUGGGCGGGUUCAUGCUAUAUACCCCCAGCACUCUCCAUCAGUUUUUAAAAAAUUCUUCGGAUAAUUCGCGAUCGACUCAAAGCGAAAUUUCCGCCAAUAAUGGACUCGAUUCCACUGUCGGCCCACCUCCGGAUAAUCAAAUACGCGAUGAAAAUGAAAAUGGAAAUAGUGGGGCCGUAGAUGGUUCCAUCGGGCGACGCAGUUUGGGUAAUGAUGAUAGUGCUAUUGCUUUGGAUGACGAUUCCCUGAUUCUUUCUGGAAAUAAAUAUGCCGACAUGACUGUUUCGGAUCCGGCGGAUGCUGAAGGCGAUGUGGUGGUUGUUUAA